AUGUUGGACGACUACGAGGUGGUACGACAAGGAAGGAGAAGGGAGAGGGCGAAGGUGCGAAGGGACGAGGAGCAAGCUGCAGUUGCUGCGGUUGAUGUGCGAAUGUGCGAAUGUGCGAAGGAGAAGGGAGAUGACGGGAUUAAAGGGCGGCUUAGCAGUCCUCUCCGAAUCGGGGUUACUCGCCACCGCACACCGCCCCAGUUUACUCACCGCCCCCACCACCACCACCACCUCCGCCCCGCCACCUCCCACCUCGCCUCACCACAUCACCACACCUCCUCCUCAAGUCAUCACCACCCCGCCGGUUACUCGCACCCCCACAUCACCCGCCUCCACACAUCGCCCUAUUGCGUGCGGCCCCCUCACCUCCGCCACCAAUUCACCCCCACCACCGGUUCCAUUGAGCUCUCCACCUCCACCUUCUCCUUACAUGUACUAUCACCCCACCUCCACACUGCCUCCACCUCCGCAUUCACCGCAUUCACCGCCACACCGCAUUCACCGCCACCACCAAUAUAUGUCUAUCCAUCACCGCCACCUCCUGGACAUUCCCCACCUCCCCCGGUCCUCUCACCACCACCACCAGCACCACUUUGUAUAGAACCACCCCCUCCACCUUCCCCACCACCACCAUGUAUUGAAUACUCACCUCCCCCGCCACCUCCUCCCAUUGUUUACUUGCCGCCACCUUCACCCUCACCCCCACCACCACCUCCUGUCUAUUCUUCUCCACCUCCACCAGUGUACCAGUCCCCUCCCCCACCAUCCCCUUCACCGCCUCCCCCUGUAGUCCAAUACCAAUCACCACCACCGCCAACACCUGUUCACUACAAUUCCCCACCACCACCAUCCCCAUCACCCCCAAUUCCAUGUGAAACCCCGCCACCUCAUCCAUCACCCCCACCAGUUCACCAUCUUUCGCCACCGGUUCACUACAGUUCUCCACCACCACCAAUUGUUUAUGAAAGCCCGCCGCCUCCCACUCCUGUAUAUGAGGGCCCAUUGCCACCCAUCUUUGGAGUUUCGUACGCGUCUCCUCCGCCGCCACCCUUCUAUUGAUUCUUUUGAGAAUUUUCUCCUCCUCUAACCUUUCCCAGAGCACAAUCACCAAAAACUCAACAGUCCUCGUUCACAUUCACGGCUUCUUCUCUCCCCCACACCAUCAUUUCUCUCUCUUUCGGGCAAUUCUCAUCGCUCGUGCAGAGUUAGAAAAGCAAAAAAAAAAAAAAGCAUAAAAGUUUGAGUUUGUAUGCAAUUCUUGUUGUCAAUCACCCAUUUCGGCAUCGAUGAACAAAUGUCUGAAGAAACAGAGAAGAAGAAGAGGUGAAAGCAUAGAGAUGUAAUAUCAGUAUAGAGAGAGAGAGAGGUAAGAGGAGAAAGAAAGUCUCUCCCAUAUUUAUUUGAAAUUGUUAUGGAUUAUCCAUUUGAUGAGUUGUGGAGAAUAAAAAUGGCAGAGAAAGAGUAGGUUGCAGAGAAUGUGUAUGUAUAGGAGAUGCAUUUCGGAGACCAUAGUUCACGCCACAAACACAGCGGCACCACCUCCUUCCGCCGCUGCUGGUUUUGUGGUGGGUUUUAUUGUUAUUCUCUAUUUUUUUUAUCAUACUUUUGUUUCUUCUCAAUUUCCAAACUUUAUAGUAUAAUCAUGAACAUUUUUACUUGUAUUAUUAAGUUUCA